AUGCCGUUAUUCAGUAAUAAAUUUUCACCAAAAACUAUUCCAGUAAGACGACAAGAUACUUCUGUUAUAAAAAAUGAGUUUGGCAGUGAUUACGCUUCGAGAGAAUUGUCUAUUGAUAUUAACCCAUUGAAAUUGAAGCUAGGAGAUAUUGAAUUAUCAUUUGAAGAAGGGCAAUGGAUACCAGCGUCAGGAAGAGCUGGUACUGCCCACAAAGAAAAUAUCCGUUUAAAAAAGGAAUUAGAACAAUUAGAGGAAGAAAACAAUAUGCUGAGAUUGAAAUUUGAAAUAUUACUUGACAUGAUGACAGAUAAGACAGUUGAAGCGGAACAAGAAAUGCAACGCUCUCAAAGCUUGGGUUCAUUGAAGGUUAAGGGUAAAAAGCAAAAAUGGUAG